AUGACGGGAUCCGGUAGCUUGUCGAAAACUCAGAGUUUGGGGACUUUGCUGUCCCUAUUCUCGUCCGCCUGCGAAAAUCUGAGUGCCUCCCGGUCUGAUCAAGUCAUUGCGCAACUCUUGCACCUUCUGAAACAACUUAGUCCGUGGUUCGCCCGACUCAUCGCUGUGGUCACACCUACUAUACUGUUGUAUAGGGCGCUUCAAAAGUUCGGAAGUCUGGUCUCCAUUAUUUGCAUUCUACGUGGCUGGAUCAUGGGCAAGGUAACGGCUCGAGUGACUGUUCCACCAAAUCCGAUGCUUCACGAUCAGAUUAUGGCCUACCUGAUGGAGCAUGGUCUUAAAGAUUCGAAAACGCUGACUGUGACUGCACCGGGCACUACCACGGCCUGCUCAAGCAUCACGUUUAUGGACCCUGUAGUCAACACGAGUCAGCGCAUGCCGGUGGAUGGCGAUGAAGUGAGGAAGAAGGACGCGAUCACUUAUACACCAGCUGUUGGCCACCAUUCCUUCUUUUUCGAUGGGUACUGGAUGACCUUCGACCGACAACGACUCGCCAAGCAGAGGGGGAAGGGUGAAGAACGUGGGUCGCAUAAUCAAGAAGACGACACUAUCGUCCUAACCUGCUACUCGCUGUUUGGGGGCGUGACAUCCCUGCAGAAGUUUCUCGAGCACGUCAAAAGCUCCGCUGCCAGUGCGCAGGACGCUAUGACCCGCGUGUACCGUCCAGUCAUCCAGAGACACUCGCAGAUCACCUGCUGGGAUGAAGGCCGUGCCAGGCCGCAGCGGAAACUUGCAGCCAUCACGCUGGACUCGAAGGUGAAAGAACCACUAAUCAAGGAUAUCGAGACAUAUCUCGAUCCACGAACGAAGAGCUUCUACAUCCGGAGCGGGAUCCCUUAUCGCAAGGGCUAUCUACUGUUUGGCCCUCUUGGGACUGGCAAGACUUCUUUCGCCACUGCGCUCGCAGGCGAGUACAACCUUGACGUCUUUUUAUUGACGCUGUCCGAUCCGAACAUGAACGACAUCAGAAUGGAAACCCUCUUUGACAAGCUACCUGCAAAGUGUAUUGUGCUCAUGGAAGAUAUUGACAGCUCGGGCAUAGCGCGAGAGAAAAUGAACAAGCUCAAGAAGCGUGAUAGGUCUCGAGGCGAUGACAGUGACGACGCGGAAGGCGACUCGCUGCGUCCCGCAAAGUCGAAGCACGGCAUGACUCUCAGCGGUCCGCUCAACGUGCUGGACGGUAUUGCUGCGGCAGAGGGACGUAUUGUAUUGAUGACUUCCAACGACCCUGAUUCCCUGGACAAGGCGCUCAUCCGCGCUAGUCGCAUUGAUCGCAAAGUCCUGUUCGGCUAUGCUACGCACGAGGUUGCAACCAACUUGUUCAUCAAGCUUUUCACGAAGACAUCUCAACAGCUUCUCGAAGGCGAAAAGAUAUUUGAGAAUAUACCAGUCUUGGCCAAGGCGUUUGCAGACAAGAUACCAGCGGAUGUGAUCACACCAGCAGAGAUCCAGGGCUACUUGCUCAGCUUCCAGAAGAGGAGUGGCAAAAACGUGGCAGCCUUCGCCAACGAACUUACUGCUCCGUCAUAUGAGGUACCAACCACUGGGCUGCAAGCAGAGCCGACAGUGCCUGCCCCAGCUGACAACCCGGUAUUGGGUGCUGACGAGACGCCCAGAGCAGGGACCCGUGAAGAGCGCAGUUCGGCCGCGAGAGGCCGAUCUAUUUCGUUUAGUCUUCCACCGCCUUCACCUGAUGAUGUGCCGGUCGCAGGUGCACAAGAAGCGCAAAGUACAUCUGGCUCAUCGGAUUUCGCAGCAUCUCGUGCUAUAUUGGUGCCUGUAACAAGCGAACGAGAAGCACAAGUGGUCCCAAUCCCUUAUGAUCCCAAAUUGCAAAGCCUCCCAGGUGACGAAGGAUUUGGUGGUAGCAUCGAGCCGGGCUUGCCAGAAGACUUGGAUAUCCUGGUCAGCGGCAUAGACCUCAACGACGAAGAUGACCCCAACGACCCGGACUACGAGUACUUGCAACCAAAAGAAAAUUAUUCUGACUUAUGGGCGAUUAUGGACAUGGACCCAUGGGAGCAUCCUAACGAGGCCGAAAAGGCUGCUCUACAAUAUGUCGCACGAUGCAGGCCUCACCAUCCCAUGGAUUCUUGGGAUGAGCAUGAUGAGUGGGACUGCAGGUAUUGUUAUCUGGAUGUCCCUCAUCCCGACGACGUGUGGGAUGCACGCCUUCGUGCCGCGGAGGAAGAACAAGACUCCAGCGAGCUGCGCGAGCAUUUUGGCUACAAUGUUGAGCAAGCAGCAGGCCUUCAAGAAGAAGGAAAGAAGAAGCCGGGUAGGCGUAGUAGGCGCCUUGCAUUCCCAGUACUUCGGCCAACAGCGGCAGAGCCUUCGGAGGCCCCAAUGCUCCCAAGGAUGAUACAUGAUGACUUACAGCCUGUCACUCUCGUCAAGACCGAGGGGCAAACGGACAAGGAGCAGAGUAAGGCUAUCACCAUGUCAAGAUCAAAUUCCGCUUCGCGCAAGGAGAGCAAGGAGCAGGAUACUCGCUUGGCAAAUGCACCAGCACCCUUCGACCAGCUCCGACCAGUCCCAGACCACAUAGAGGAAAUCCCAGAUGCCUCCAACGGCUCGGACUACUACACCACACUGUACUGGUUAGAACAGAACCAGAAUGCUAUAUCUCGUUAUCACUGUCAUCGAUGA